AUGGCGUCCGAGGCGCAUUUGCGAGCUCAGUAUGAGCUACUAAUAAAGGAGAAUAAGAUGCUGAAGACAAACGUAGAGAAACUCGAUCGAGAAAACUACGACCUGAAGCGGUCUGUCUAUGAACUUACUCUCAAAUUAGACUCAGCACACGCGCCAUCAACCCGUGCUACUGCAGUAGAACCCUUUGCCAUUGCGGACUUGCUGGCAGCUCCAAGCGCUGAAGCUGCUGCCGAGUCGUCGUUUCGUCGAGCUCACGGUAGCUCGAGUGCUCUAUUGGGUGCGAAGGGAGACUUGUACGACACUGACACUGACGGAGAUACUCGUGUUCUUGUACAUAAGUCGACACUGAGAGCUCAUGCAGGAGCCGUGUACACGGCCAAGUUCUCACCCUGUGGACGAUUGCUCGCCUCUGGGGGCUUUGACUGCAAAGUGAUGCUCUGGGACGUGACUACCAAGUUUAAUCAGCCGCAGCUAGCGGCGCUCUCGAGUCACGCACAGCUCGUGAUUGACGUGGGUUGGGCAGAGGAUAGCGCGAUGCUUGUAUCAGCCAGCUAUGACCACACGGUGAAGCUCUGGGACGUUGAAAAGCACCAACUCGUUAAUAGUAAAGAGGUGGACGGACUUGUUCAGUGUGUGGCUUUUAAUAUGGCUGAUAACAAUCAGUUCUUCAUGGGAUCCAGCAAGUGUUGUCUGCAUAUGGCAGAUGUACGCUCCGGCGUGUGUCGUACAUGGACUAACGAUGCCAUGGUGAACGCGCUGCACGUCUCGCAUGACGGUCUCACGGUCACUACGGGUGAUAGCAAGGGCAUGCUGAAGACAUGGGACGUCCGAAUGGAUGCGUGUCUUGAUGAGUUAUCCGUACUGAACGACCCAGCUAGACACGCCAUCUCACACGUGCAUGCGUCGCCAGCGGGUGAUGGUGGUGACGAUGGGCGCUUCCUUGGCGUUAACAGCUAUGACAACAUCCUGCGUGUAUACGACCGACGCUUUAAGCUCAUCAGCUCGAGGCGCGGCCCCGGUGGAGGCAGCGACAGCCGUGAUGACCAGCUGCAGCUAGUCUGCUCUGUGUCGGGUCAUAAGAACAAGAACUGGCCUAUUAAGAGCUCCUUCUUCCGGGGCGACGGCUACAAAUACAAGCUGGCGCUGCCACCACGCGGACGGCUUGGAGGUGGUCUGGUUGGCGGCUCUAGCACAAGCUCACGCCACAAGCUCACGGAUGGCGACGAGGAAGAUUUUGAGGACACGAGUGGCGAACGUGGGUCCAUGGAUUCCUCGCAUGAAACGCUGCUACUUGCCACUGGAAGUGCUGACCGCCAUAUAUACCUGCACGAAGUAACACCGUCAAAGCACGCCGCAGAUGCAAGCGCUUCUGGCAAACACACACAAAGCCUCGUGCAGAAGAUUGACGCCCAUACUGACCGUGUGUACUGUGUGGAUUUCCACCCCACCGAGCCUAUUCUCGCUUCUGCUUCGGCAGAUUGCUCAAUCAAAAUCUGGCUGCCACGCUCUGGGUCUAGCUCUGUCACGCGUCUCGGAAAGACCAAGAAUUAG